UCUGGGCCCACCGGGUUGUUUCAGUUGUUUGUCCCUGUCUGUUAGGGUCACCCACAGAAAGGUCACCAGAGUUUAGAAAAACUCGGUCAUAGGUCACGGUGAUACUUCCCUGCUCUGCUGAUAGUCUUCGACUUGACCUACUUCUAGUUCCACGGCCUGCCUCACCGAUCUGCGCUGUCGACUGUCGACGCGACCGUUUGUUCGUGUUGUUCCUCUUGCCUUCUAGGCCUAGACUCUACUCCCCAGCCAGCUGCAGUUGAGUGCAAACGAACUGCUACUACGCUGAUCAACAAUGGCUCUGAACUUUGCCCGUUUGUCUCAACGACUUGGUAAUAGAUCUACCGGACUUCGACAGGCAAGAUUUUUGUCGAGCACACCGAGUCCAAACCCAUCUGUAAAAAAACAAAAGUAUGAGGGCAGACGUGAGAUCUUUGAGGCGCCGUCCAUGUUGGACAUCGGAGUUCGUCGUAUUUUUGACGAGGAACACGACAUGUUUCGUCAGAAUGUGAGACGUUUUUUCCAGGAGGAGGUCAUCCCUCAGCAUGAGAAAUGGGAAAAUGAUGGGCAAGUCAGUCGAGAGGUCAUACAGUAACUGUUCUGGCCCUGGCUGGGCGCUCCACUCCGACAUUGUCAUGCCCUACAUCACCCACUACGGCAGCAAGGAACAGAUCGAGAAGUUCAUCCCCGCCAUGACGGCCGGCAAAUGUAUCGGAGCCAUCGCCAUGACAGAGCCAGGGGCGGGCAGGAUUUCGGAGCUGGAGAACCGCGUGGCGUACGAGUGUGUGCAGCUGCACGGGGGCUGGGGCUACAUGUGGGAGUACCCGGUGACCAAAACCUACGUGGACGCCCGCGUACAGCCCAUCUACGGAGGCAGCAACGAGAUCAUGAAGGAGCUGAUUGCCAGGCAGAUUGUCUCUGAGUGAUAGGUGGAGGUCGUUCCGUGGCCGAUGAUUGACGCUGGUCCGUGUCCGAUGAUUGGCGCUAAUCUGUGUCCGAUGAUUGAUGCUGAUGAUUGGCGCUGGUCCGUGUCCGAUGAUUGAUGCUGAUGAUUGACGCUGAUCCGUGUCGGAUGAUUAAUGCCUUACCUUGUUUAAUGAUUUCUGUCUGCGAAUGUUCUUCUCCUAAAUGCUAUGGUCUCUCAGAGUAGACACAAACUCUGAACCAAAACUCCCACUCUUUCAUAUUUCGUAUCUUGAUGCGGGUUAAUGUAACAGAUUUUUUAAAAAAUUCUUUAGUCACGAAAGACGUACUUAGUAAUGGUGCUGUUUAGCGUAACAGAUAUUUUUUUUAUGGAAAGAUCAAAGUUGGUGAUCAAGUAAGUGGCCUUCCUGUGCUUGGGCCAUCAGGAUGGUCUGGGUGUGUGUCUGGGAUGUUUUACAUCAGACUGAGCUUUUUUUGGGUACCUUUUGGAACAAAUAAAUAUAAGAUUUGAAAUGUUUUCAAAUCUAUCUGAAAUAAAAUCUUAGUGGGAUGAUUGAGUGAGAUUGUGUACAUAAUGUGUGUCACAGCGCGGUGGAUUCAGGCACUCGUCAAUGUUUGGGCAUGUGGCGUUAUUGGCAUAAUCGGAAAGCUUAUAUUUGCCUUGCUUUCUAUGAAAAAAAAUACCCAUCUAUGUCGAAUAGAAAUAGAAGUUGAGAUAUUUGUGAUUGAAGCAGGUGAGGGUUGCUUGCUGUCAGCAGAGGUAAAGUAAGCAGGAAAAUGGCCGCCAAAGUUUGGUAACUUCUUUCUAUAGCUUCAGAGUCCUUGAAAACUGAAAAUUGAUGUACUUCAUGUCAUUAAUCUACAUCUUUCAGUAACAUUCACUUGCGAAUGUGCUUUUGUAUAGACAUAAAAAUGUGGAGCCAAAAAACAAAAUUUUGGUACAAAUGACCAAACUGUAGGAAAAAUACCUUUUUUUUUUCUUCCAUUUUUUUCUUUUGACAAGCGCCUGAUUUUACCACGAUGCCUCACAUGUUUUCGUCUAGGUUUUGGAAAGUUUCGACUGAGCUCUGUCAUGACUUGAACCCAUUAAGACACUUAUCAUACCCAAGCAUAUAUAUAUGAAUAAUAUGAUAUAUAUUUUCUCAGGAGAUUUUUACCCCUAUUUUGUUUGUUUGUCAGGGAACUUUGAUGAAGUACUUGAGUAUGUUUGUGCAGACUUGUGCUUAUGUGUGAUGUGUGGUUUGGAAAAACACGAGAGAGAGAGAGAGAGAGAGAGAGAGAGAGACUGUUGUCUCUGUCAUUCAAGAUGACCAGUGACCUGUUUAUGUUGAAUUAUUCACACCUCUGAAUACCUGCUAAGAAUACACCUGCUUACAAAUGUUGAAUUUUUAUUUGUUUCGUUUUAUUUGUUGAUCCUUUUGAAAAAACACUCUUGGAAAUUGAAGUUAACAACUUAUAUAUUGUACAAUUUUUGUAGAAAAACUAUACUAUUCGUCCUGAUAAAAGUUUAAUACUUACAUAAAUAUGUCUAUUUCGUAUCU